AAACUCAGAAACUCGAUUCAGCAUUGGCAAAUGUCGUUCAUGUUACUCUGAAUAUAUCAUCACAUCAUGAAAGGGUUAAGACGAACGAAUAUUCUUAAGCGUUUAUUCAAAGCCGUUUGUGAUGUCCAACUCUCAUGGAUGACACGUUCAGCCAAGACAUCAUUUCAUUGGGGGCCAUUUUUGCCAGCGCUGCCACUGUCGAUCCAACAGACAGAAGCCUGACAAUCUGACUCAGACUUCAUAAUCAAUGUUAGUUAGUUGUUACCUACAAAACAAGUCGUACUCUCUACUAAAUUGAUAUAUCUCAUAAGUACAGUCGAAUCGACACCCCUAUCGGGCGCAAACUUUUGCGCUGUCCGUCUCCAAUAUGAAUUUGCUCGAUUUACCAAACGAGAUCCUCGCAUUGUUACCAUGUUAUAUCGAUAAUAUCGAAUCGUUUACCAACAUGGCGUCUUCGUGUCGUCGACUGCGAGAUAAUUUCGCGAAAGCAUCUCCAAGGACGAUCUUGCAGCUUGCAGCAGGCUCAGCUCCAACGUUCUUCUCUCCGCAUCCGCAUUUUCUCGUCAUGGCCACGGCACGGCAGGUCAGUGACUGGGCUAUAAAGAGCACAGAAAACAUACGACUGUUUCGAGAAGUUCUUCAGGGAGGCAUCGAUAGUCUAUAUGACUUCUGCAUUCAUAGUGAGGAGGUCAAGGCAGGCCUAACCAUGGAUGAUAUCCGCCGAUUGCAUCUUUCCCGCUUCUCCAUCAUCAACCCGUUCGCUGACCAGAUCGAUAAGAUGGCUGGUGAGCAGUGGUACAGGGAGCCAGAUUUUUGGGAUGGUGGAGUUAGUGAGCCUGAGACUCUCAACACGGACUCAAAUCGAGCAGCCUUCCAGAUUAUUAUCUACGGGGAGUUAUUCGGCAGCAGCAUGCGCGCAUUCUUAGAGCCAGAUAAGCAGCUUCCGUAUUUUGAUCUUGAUGCCCGGUUAGACUACUUCAAAUACUGCGUUCCAGAUUGUAUGUGCCGGAGCUACGCCGGCAUGGAAGUCCUUCCUGUGGGGCCAUAUGCCGAUCGAGAGAAGCUGCAGGAGGAGGACCAAGUCGCCCUUCAGCACAUUCUGACCUGCCGCAGGUGGCGCCGCAUGUGGGCGUAUGGAAUGGAGAAGAUUGGAGAUCACUUCCUGGGUGACAGUGCGUGGUCCUAUGAGGACCGCGGUGAAGAUGAGCCCUGGAGACAGAAGCUAUAUCAAAAUGCACUCCAAACACAGGGACUGGAAGGGAUGCAACUUGUAACCCUUCCAUCGGAGAGGAUAUCUAAAGAUUAUCGGGAGAAAGUAAUAAAGAUACGCCAGCAAAUCCAGUCACUGCGCAGGCCUCUACCUUCGCGGAAUAUUGGUACACGACUGCAAGCAUCAGUCUCCGAAGCACCGGACCCUGGACAGGAGGCAUACGUUUGUAUGGCGAGUUAUUGGCCGGGGGUCUGAUAACGAUAUGGCGAAAUUCUAGAUCACUAAAUAUCACCAACUCCAAGAGCAGCAGAACGAAUUUCGCAUAUUCACUGUUUGACAGUAUUACAGGCGACUCUCAUAACUACGCCUUUGACGUCUUCUUCCAGCACUCUUAUCUUGAAACAUUGAACUCCGUUAAGUACCUUUAUCGAUACUGUAUUCACCCAGUGACCUUGUUGAUACUCUAGCUCCUCGGAUAAACAGCGGUGCCGUAAUUUU